UCUCCUCUCUCUCUGGUCCGGAAAAAGGCAACACACCACCGCACCAGCAGACACAGAAAGUUAGGGUUUCGUGAAGAGAGAGAAUUUGACGAACAGAUGGUGUAGGGUAUUUUCAUUAUUCAAAUUCAAGCUUUUUAUAGACAAAUAAAGCUAGAGAGAGGGGAAGUUUUAGACCGAGAAACAUCGUCUAAGGUAAUUGUAGUGAGAUACCCAAAGUUUUGAAGCUUUAGUGUUUUCUUUCUAGCUCUCGGUUCUGUAAAGUUCAUAGCUUCUACUCGUCUGAAUUCCGAAACAGUUCUUUUCUGUUUUCUAAUCAGGGAGGUGAUCUAACAAUGAUAUGGUGGAUUUAGUUGCAAUUCAAUCUGACAUGAUCAUCAAGGAAUUCAAUAAUAUAUAUCUGGGUAUAGAGUAAAUCUUUUUACGGCUGUGCUUAUAAUUACCGGACAACGAAAGGAAGCCUAGUAGCAUGCUGCUUGUUUUCUGUUCAGUCUUGGAAUUCCCAUCUGGCAAGUGAAGCACUAUGACACUGGAGGACUUCUUUACGUUAAGUGAGUUGAAAGAUGGGCUCACAGCUCCUGAUAGAGUUAAGGAGCUCAUCACUGUUAUGGAAAGGGAGAACGAUUCAGUUGUCAAGAAUUUUGGUGAAGCAACCAGACAGCGGUCUACCGUCGCAACCACUGUUGCCGCCACCGAGAAUAAGAACUGCCUUGAUCGUUUUAUCCAUUUAAAUGGGCUCUACUUCAUUGAUAGGUGGCUCAAGGAUGCGCAGAAGCUUGGGAAUGAUACAGGCAACAGCUUUUUGGAAGAAUCGGUCAUUGCAUUGUUGAGAGCGCUUGAGAGGCUGCAGAUCGAUAACCAGAGGUCAUCGUCUUCUGGAAUAGGGAGAACCGUACAGAAACUUGUUGCUCAUCGUAGUUCGGUGGUUCGUGACCAAGCUAAAGCACUGUGUGAUAGGUGGAUGCUUAUUCCCGACAAUGAUGUAGCUCCACAAGAUGUCAAAAGCCCAGAUGAUGCUAUUUCUCCGUCAUACGGAAAUGAUAAUGAUGAGAAGAAUGUUGAAAGGCUCAGAGAUGAAACGAUGCCAUUGGUAUCUGUGAGUACUGUUCAAAAGGUAAUAGUAAACAAUGAGACCACAAUGCCAGAUAAAAUUAUGGGUCAGGAGCCUCGGGAUCAUGUUGACCCGUCUUGUAAAUCAACGCAUGAUGAUAGAAAUCUUUUGGUUAAAGUUGAAAAUGAGGGUAACUGUCGGGAUAAAGCGGAUUUGGUGGAAAUGUCUACUUUAUCUAGUCCUUCAGAACGAAUAGCUUCAAGUGCUGAUGUUGACAAUGCUUUCGGGUCUUCUAUAAAGACUGAUCUGAGAGGUGAAGAAGAUGAAGAUAUGGUGGAUGACGUGGAGUCUUCAGACCAUUUCCGAAUGACAAUGUCAUUGAAGACAAGGAACCAAGCUGGAGUAUCUGCCGCCAAUGCUUUGCAGGACUCUAGAGAAGCUGAGAGCCUCAAAACGUCUUCAAAUUUAGAAAGUGAAAGGGAAGCCGAUGAUGCAAAGGAACAAGGUGGUGUUGAGAACGCUGGAAAUUCAGGAAAUGGUUCACAUUUCUUCACGAUAUCAAUGAAUGCUCGAGGUAAUGGUGUGAAGAGCAAUAUGUUAGAUAUGGAACUAGACUAUGGGAUGAUAGAUCCGCUAGAGGUUGCUAGACAAGUUUCUAUCGAGGUGCAGAGAGAAGUUGAUUCCAGGGAACGAAGUUGCAGUACUUCUGAGAAAAUGUCGGGAGGUGGAAGUGAGAGGCCAAACACUCCGGAUUCUACAAAUCGUAAAGAAAGUCCGCCUGUUGAGGGCUCUGAUAAGGAGGUUAUAUCUGGAUCUGAAAAAAUGUCGAGCGGUGGAAGUGAGAGACCGAGUGUAGCAGAGCCUGUGAAAGAUGCAGAAACCCUUGUUUCUGAACAAGAAAGUUGUAAAGCUGACAUCACAGCCUCUCAAAUUUCCGAGAUAGCUCAAGAAUCAGAAACCAACACUGGAAGAGGCAUUUCGGGUUUUGAUCUAAACCAAGAGGUCUGUUCUGAAGAAGUCGACGACCCAAUAAAUCCAGUCUCAUCUGCAGUCUCGGUUGUUUCCGCUUCCCGGGCAGCUGCAGCCGCUAGCUUGCCUUCUGCUCCAUUGCAAUUUGAGGGUACCCUAGGAUGGAAAGGAUCUGCUUCAACCAGUGCAUUUCGACGGAUCCCUGAUUCAUCCAGGGCCCACAACAACUCGAAACAACGUUUAGAUUGUCUUGAUAUUGAUCUGAACGUGGCUGAAGGUAGUGACAAUAAAAUAGAAGACUUCUUAUCUAGAAACAAAAUGCCGGUCAUAUCUGGUCUUCCUUCCGGGGAGGAAUCUUCUGUGGAGGCAAGCCCUCGGAGACCGGAAAGGCUGCUGUUGGAUCUCAACAGUAUCGGGGAUGAAGGUGCUGAUGCUGUUGGUUUGGAUUGGAGGCGGGAUGGACGAGUAGCCUCCAUCAACCAAAAUGGGUGGCAAAGUCCGUCUCGUUCCUCUUCAUCAUCAUCAAAGCAGCCUUCUUUAAGAAACAUCGAUUUGAAUUUGAACGAUCAGCCGGUUUUUCCAUAUGGUGCUUCCUUGGAUCAUCGUUGUCUUGGCAAGUCAUCUAACCACUCUGGUGCUUCUAGAAGCACGUUCAAGCACGAUGAAUCUGUUAUUUCCAUUUUUGGUACCAAACUUGACGUGAAGACGAACGAUUCUCUUCCUCAACCUAGCGGCAGGAUUUUGGAGCCGCCAGUAGAUUUCAGUUUGGGGCGACCAGGGGCUGGUUUGGGCCUAGAAUCUUCCAUAAAUUACGGUAAUCCACCUUUUUACGGGCAUAAUGGUUUCGCACCAGGGGCGGCUAUGUUUUUCUAUGGAUCUCCUGGUGUGCCAAUUCCUUAUAUGGUUGAUUCAAGAGGAACCCCUGUUGUACCUCAAAUUAUGGGUUCUUCUCAACCACCGUCGCCUUUCAUCAUGAACAUGGCUGUAGCCGGUUCAUCCUCUGGUUCAAGCGGGGCUGGACCCUCGCUGCAUAACUUCGAUUUGAACACCGGCUUAAUGAUUGAUGGAGGAAAUAGGGAGACCAUUGGGGGAUUAAGACAGCUAUUCCAUCACAAUGGUGGAUCUAUGGAUGAACAAUACUCGAGGGCAAAUAGGUCAUUUCAAGCUUCCUCUAGUUCUCUUGUUGGAGGGAAACGCCGUGAACCUGAUGCCGCCAGAUGGGAGCUUUUUCCGGCUAACAAGCACCCACAGCCACCAUGGAGGUAGAGGUUUGUUCCUAUAACUAUUUGAUCUCGAUCUGGAUCCGGUCUUUGGGUCAUUCUUAUUCUUAUGAGAUUAAUUGGCAAAAAAAGAAAAAGAAAAAUGGAAAUAGGUUUUUACCCUUUUGCUCACAGACAUUUAUUUGUUACUUUUUUCGGUACUUGAUAGAAGGGUGUUUCUGCAACACACAACUUUGUUUACAUGUAGUUGUAGUUUCUUCUCCAUAUAUAUCAAAGAAAACUAGAGAAGCUUUUCUAUUUCUUUUAACAGAUUGCAUAAAAGUUCCUGUUUUGUUAUUUAGGCUUGUCUGAACCGUUCGUUUCUGGUAUUUACAUGUAUGUGUCGUCUUUCUGGGAUAUAUUCUUUGAAACAGUCGUUCUGCCCGACUGUCUGCUUCAUACGCACACACCUGGACUCAGUUUUAAAACCGUUCGUUUCUGGUAUUUACAUAUACGUGUCUUCUUUCUGGGAUGUAUUCUUUGAAACAGUCGUUCUGCCCGACUGUCUGCUUCAUACACACACACACACACACACCCCUGGACUCAGUUUUAAAACCGUUCGUUUCUGGUAUUUACAUAUAUGUGUCUUCUUUUUGGGAUAUAUUCUUUGAAACAGUCGUUCUUCCCGACUGUCUGCUUCAUACACACACACAUACACACACCUGGACUCACAGUUUUAAAAUCGUUCGUUUCUGGUAUUUACAUAUAUGUGUCUUCUUUUUUGGGAUAUAUUCUUUGAAACAGUCGUUCUACCAACUGUCUGCUUCUCACACACAAACACACACACACACACCCCUGGACUCACAGUUUUAAAA